CAACUGAGUUUAUUAAAUGAAUUUAACAACCAAGACUCUGAAGAGCAACUGAGUUUAUUAAGUCAAAUUUUAAAUAAAUUAAACGACAAAGAUCAUGAAGAAGUCUGGAUCAAUAUCAAUUCAAUAUUAGAAAGAAUUUUUGGUUAUGAUCAAAUCUUUAAAUCAUCAAAUAAUGAUGAAAAACACAUUGGCACUUUAAAUAAUGAUCAAACCCUUCCAUCAACUCAAAGAGUAGUAUCAGCAAACAAAGUUAGCUCAGGCAAUUUAAAUGAUCAAACCCUUUCAUUGAUUCAAAGAUUAAGAGAAAAAAUAAAUACUUCAAAUAACGAUGUAAUUGAGUCCAAUGUAGAUAAAGAAUCGAAUAUUGAGACAAUAAAACAAAACCUAGUCGAAUAUAAUAAGUUUGGAAAGAAUAAGAAGAUAGAAAAGUUAAAACAUUUCAUUAGUGUUAAACAUCACUAUAACAAUCUGUGUCAUGUAGCUACUCAAGAAACUCCCCCUGAAUCUAAUUCCCUAAAUAACAAACAAAAAGCAUUUGUGAAUAUUCUUUUUGGCAAAAAUCUGCCCCAAAAAUUCUCAGAAGGUUUAUUUCCCGCUUCAUCAGUUCUACCAUUAAUAUAUCUGAAAAAUAUGAAAGAAAUAUAUGGAAUGCACUUAAUCUUCUAG